UUUUAUUUGUGAUCAGUUUUUCGCAUAUUACCUUAUUUUUAUUACUAUUGCUUUACAGUUAACCUCUGAAGAAGUUGAUGAAUUUCGAGAAGCAUUUACAAUGUUUGAUAAGGAUGGUAACGGUACAAUUUCGAUUAAAGAGUUGGGCAUUGCAAUGAGAUCACUGGGACAAAAUCCAACUGAACAAGAAAUCAGCGAAAUGAUCAAUGAAGUUGAUAUUGACGGUAAUGGGCAAAUAGAAUUCCCGGAAUUUUGCGUCAUGAUGAAACGAAUGAUGAAGGAAACAGAUUCUGAGAUGAUCCGUGAAGCUUUUCGUGUUUUUGAUAAAGAUGGAAAUGGUGUUAUUACCGCACAAGAAUUCAGAUAUUUUAUGGUAGAAAUUUCAUCAUCUGUCACAUCUUUUUUUUUUCUGCUUUACUGUUUUUUUGCUUGUUUCAAGUGA